AUGACUUCGGAUUGGUCGUUUACCCAAGGAGGUCCUAAAGAAGACCCAAGCAAUGAGUUUGAGGUUGGACGACAAUUUGGGAACAAGGAAGAAGUCAUGUUGGCAGUUAAGCAGUACAACAUCAGGAGGGCUGCGGAGUACAAGAUAGUAGAGAGUGACCAUUGGAGGUAUAAUGCACGAUGUAUCCAGUUCGGACCCGGUUGUAAUUGGAGCAUACUUGUAUCAUAUCGCCGAAAGCAAGAAAGGUGGGAAGUUAGGAGAUACACUGGUCCUCAUACUUGUAUGCAAACUUCCAUGGGGCAAGAUCAUCGUAGGUUGGAUUCGAAAGUGAUUGCACAACACGUUUUCACAAUUGUCAAGACCGAUCCAACAAUCAGCAUCAGGGUUCUACAAGGAGAUGUAGAGAAUCACUUUGGUUACAAGGCGUUGUACAGAAAGGUUUGGCUUGCAAAACAGAUAGUCAUUGCUAGAAUAUAUGGCGAUUGGAAGGAGUCAUACAACGAGCUUCCUCGUUGGUUAUUCGCUAUGCAGAUGUACUUGCCAGCCUUCAAGUAUUGCAAGCCACUUAUCUCUAUUGAUGGCACCCACCUAUAUGGUAAAUAUGGUGGAACUUUGUUAAUGGCCAUAGCGCAAGACAGCAAUUCAAACAUUCUGCCCAUUACAUUCGCAGUUGUUGAGGGUGAGACAAAUGAGACGUGGUCGUUCUUUCUUUCAUACUUACGGGAGCAUGUUACAUCACAACCAGGAGUGAUAUUAAUUUCAGACAGACACAAGUCCAUUGAUGGAGCACUAAAUGUCGAAGGGAGUUUAUGGAAACUGCCUCAUGCCUUUCAAGCGUUUUGUACAAGACACAUUAAAGCCAAAUUCAUGACCCACUUUAGGAACAAAGACUUGAAGAAGGUUCUUAUUAAUGCAGCGUACUCGAAGUCGCAUCGUGAGUACGCUUAUUAUUAUGGCCGUCUGAGGGGAGAAAAUGUAGCUAUUACAAACUGGCUUGAAAAAAUGUCACGAUUACAGCGGGUACAGUAUGCUGAAGAGGGACGUCGAUUUGGUCACAUGACGGCCAAUAUUUCCAAGUGCAUUAAUGCUGUUAUGAAGGGUUCCCGUAAUUUGUCAAUGACGGCUCUUGUUAAGUCGAGUUAUUUUCGUUUGGGUGAAAUUUUUGCAAGGAAGGGUUCUGAGGCACUGGCCCAACUUUAG